AUGGGCAGCCAUCAAGAGACCCAUGGUGUCCAUGAUUUCGAGGGUGUUAGCGGCAGCCGAUUCUACUACGUGCAAGAUCACACCCCAUCGCAAAGGAUCUCUUUGGGGUUAAGUAACGAACACAUCAUUUCUGGUGCCAAGCGCAAGAGCAAAGCUCCAGCCCGCUUGAUACAUGGCGAGCGAGAUAUCCCGCAAAGAGAUGAAUGGAAGUUAAGGAAAAAGCGUCGCAAGUCAGAUACUACGCGGGACGAGGGAAAGAAGGAAGAAACAAUUGGCAUCAUCAUCCCGCCUCGCAACCUGUCCUGCGAUCCCGAUGACUCGCCGUUGACCGAAUUGGAGGACCUGCCGGACGAAACAAGUAGCUUGGCUUCUGACUCCUCGACGGAUGGUGCUCAUGUAGCCUCUCGGGAAUCCCGUGAGGAUCCCCAGCUACACGGCACAGAUGAAGUUGGGGGAAGCCCGCUCGCCCCAGAGGAUGGAUGUCUUAGAUGCAGAGGGAGGAUGAUAAAUCUCAACCACCAGCUGCAACAGGCGCUACUUUGCAGGAGCCGUGAGACGGUCUCGCUGCAAAACGAACUUGAGACUCUUCGUCGACAGAACGACCGUCUCAGGGCGAAACUCGCCAAUGUCACUUCAAGCAACGAUCCCACCAUAACGAGGUUCUCAGCGGAUAGAUUACUUGAUCAGAAGGAUGAGGUAGACAGACUUCGUGGCCGCCUUUCGAAAGCCCUUGAGCUUGUUGAGAUUGUCCGUUCGCCUCCAUCCUACGACGAUGCGUUUGCCAUGUCGACGGGUUUUGUGAACAAGGAAAUGGAUGCACUGAGCAACUACGUCUUCUACACAGCGGAUUCGCUUCGGAAGAUACGAAGGGAUUAUGUGAGAGAUGAGACAAUGAGCGAGGGUCUAAUUCAACUCAUCCAGCAAACUAUAACGAGUAAAGAGCUUCUCUCCACAGAGCCUCUUUCGGCUUUUCGCGCCCUUACUUUUGGCUAUAUUCAGGAACGCAUCUUUUGCGGCCAGGGGAUAUGGAGAGACCUCCAUUUCGACGGCCUAAUGCUGAGGCAGUACCAAAGCAUUCUGGAACAAAGCGUUUCAUGUGAGGCACUUGAAAAAUACCACCGCGCGGCAGUGCAUCUUGCCUUAACAAAGAACUCAGAAUUUAAGGAAGCGUUUGUGUCUGGCUACGCUGAACAGAUACAAUUCGAGUUCCUCAACAUGAUGGCACCUUUACUCCACCGAGUGGACGUGGACCCCCAGUUUAAGCAUCGAAUGCGGACGUUAUUCCGUCAUGCCCUCACCCUACGUGCGAACUGCUACCCCCACAUCGGAACGCGCUAUCAACUCGUGCAAUUCAAGCCAGGUCAUUUGUAUGAUCAGCAAAUUAUGCGAGCAGAGGAUAGGCUUGGGGUAACUGUAAAUGUUCCUGAGGACGGACCGCAGCGUCGCAUUAAGGUCUGUGUGCAUGGGCUGAUGAAAGCUCAUUCAGUGCAAGAGAACGCGACUGGACUCGGUCUGAUUCAAGAGCUCAGUCAGCCGUUUCUUCAGGGAGGAGACAGACAUGGCCACAUUAUCAGUGACAAGGCCGUUGUUAUCCUUGAGUCAUGA